AUGGCCGCAAGCACAGCCCCGGGACCCAAGAUCACGCACACGGCAGUCGAGGACCAGACAGGCUUAAGUCACGCUGCCCUGUGCGAGGCACCGGCGCUGAGCGGGACGCGGCGCUGCAAGGAGUAUGCGGCGGCGGCGGCCGCCAAGGCGGGGCCCGGCUCCGGUGUGGUGGGCGUUGGCGUCGUGCUCGUUGCGCUCCUCGCGGCGGCAGCUGUCAGACGAGGCAGCGGGGCCCUCCGCUGCUGCCGUCUGUGUUCGCGGCGGAGCUGCCGAGCUGAGCUGGAGAAGAAGAGCUUCACCAACGGCAAGGAUGACACGCCGCUCGUGAAGCGGCUGUACGAGGCCGCCUUCGAGGAGCAGUUUGGCAAGGCGACCGAGCUGAUCUACAAUGGCCUCGGCUGGGGCGACGCAGAGGCGGCGCAGCUAGCGAAGGAGAGCUCGACUCUGUAA